CUACAGAAACAGUGAGGAGAGCUUCUCUUCUGGAUUGCUAAGACACAGAGGACCUUACUUUGCUGCUACAACAUUCCUUCUUUCUUCCAAGAUAGAAAUGUGCAGCAAGAGCAGGGAUUUUCUCAAUCAGUAACAGAUAUACCCAGAUCUUCACAGCCAAAGAGAAGAGUUAAAACAGUUUUUAGGUUUGCCCCAGGAGACACAGGUUCUGUUUGACUAUCACCGAUUUGGAUAAACAUUUUGGGGUUCAGGAUGAAUAAGACAAGAGCUGUUAAUGACGGUUUUCCUUUCCUGAACAGUAAGAACUGGAGCUCUAAUCGAAGCUUCUCUGCGCACAUUUCUAAUCAGUGCAGGAACAUCACUGACCUUACUGUCUUUCUGGCCACCUCUUACAGCUUGGAAACUGUCCUAGGCAUUGUGGGAAACAUCUGUCUAAUUGCUGUCAUCGCCAGGCAGAAGGAAAAGGCCAACGUCACCAACAUCUUAAUUUCCAACUUAAUAAUUUCAGACUUGUUUAUGUGUCUUGUCUGUCUGCCUUUCACCGUUGUUUACACCAUGAUGGACUACUGGAUAUUUGGGGAAGUCAUGUGCAAAAUGACGUCUUUCACUCAGUGCACUUCUGUGACAGUAUCAAUUCUUUCCCUUGUCCUUAUUGCUCUGGAAAGACACCAGCUCAUCAUAAACCCAACUGGAUGGAGGCCAAGUAUCUCCCAAGCCUACCUAGGAAUUGGAGUAAUUUGGAUUUUAGCAAGUCUCAUGUCCCUGCCCUUUUUGACCACAUCCGUCUUGUCUAAUGAUUUGUAUGAGCAGCUCUCACACAUAAUGAAUUUUUCCACUGACAAGGCCAUAUGCAUCGAUUCGUGGCCUUCUGAGCAACACAGACUUAUCUACACUACCACUUUACUGCUCUUGCAAUAUUGCAUCCCACUGUUCUUCAUUAUACUUUGCUACCUACGUAUCUACUUACGUCUACAGAAAAGAAAGGACAUGUUUGAGAAGAGCGAAUACAGCAACCGAGCAGUUCAGCUGAGAAGGAUAAAUAUUUUGUUAGCAUCAAUGGUUGCUGCUUUUGCUGUUUGCUGGCUACCACUGCAUGUUUUCAACACUAUUGUGGACUGGAAUUACAAAAUCAUUUCACCUUGCCACCACAAUCUGAUCUUCUCAUUGUGCCACCUGGUAGCUAUGGCUUCCACCUGUGUCAACCCUGUUAUCUAUGGUUUCCUAAACAGCAACUUCAAAAAAGAAGUGAAGUCACUGAUUCUGAGCUGCCAGCAUAGUUCAGUAAAUGCAUCAACGGAAGAAUAUGAUCAUUUACCUUUAUCCACCAUGCAGACUGAAAUCUCCAAGGGCUCACUGAUGUUGAACUGCAGACAUAAUUCUAUCUAGCUAGCAGAAAACAUUUCAGAGGGGUGCACUGACACCACACACCAGUUAUUACCUGUAGGUAUCAAAAGCAACUGGUGAUGCCAUAGCUGGGACGUGAACAGGAACCCAUUACUGCCUGAUUUUUGGAAGAACAGGCAAAGGAAGGUCGUAAAUGCAUACAGUAGCUCCUCUGGUGCACAAGUUGUUCGUGCCGUUGAGAUGCUGUCGCCACUGGGGAGACUGGGCUGAUGUGUACACGACUGCUCUAACAGAUCAGUAACUGAGCUGUGGCUGCAUGUAGACUGACAUGGGGUUCCUCAGCUGAGCUCACACGGCUGUGGUAGAAACCCAGACUUCCAAUUGCAGCACUGCAGGCUGCCAAAAGUUGCAUUAGAGAAGACUCUCUCAGUUUUUCAGUAUUACUAAAACUUUUAUGCACAGCUGACACACCGGUGGAACAGAUAUGUAAAUACGUAAAUUUUUGUGCUUUACCAACUCUCACAGCCCACUAGGUAAUAGCAAACUUUCAGCAGGUCUAGUUCACAUCAAACAACUGGGUGCUUGUAUGAAACUUCUCAGUCAUAUAGGCUUGUGAAUAGCCAUUGCCUCUGCAAGUGGGGACACAGGACAAUGACCCUAGUAUGUAAAGAAGACAGUUACAUAUUGAGGGAUGAUGGCAAAUGAAAAGUGUUUGUCAGUGGAUGGAACUCUUAAAAGGCAUUGAGAUCAAGCUGAGCACUAUUUUUAAGCAAAUGAAAAACAGUUGUAGAUCUACACAGAAACUAGCCUGGUUGACUUUUUAAUUCCUGCUGCUGUCAGUCACAAAGCUCUGCAAUGCUAGAACUGCAUGCCAUGAUGGUACAAGGCGGUUGGAUUACUGCAGUUAUUCAAGGUCUUGGUAGCAAGAUGUCACUUCUGCUUCAGCAGCUUCUUGGCAUCUCAUUCAGAAGGUCAGAAUGGGCAUGAAAACACGAUUAUAGAAACCAUGUCAGAAUGGGUAUGCUCCCAAAGAAAUAAGGAUAUGCAUGGAUGCUUUCAGUUUCCCAUUAAAAUAAAACCAGAUGUCAGAUACCAGUCCCACUUAUUGGCAUCAUCAACAGAGAAGGAGCUGAAAUUCCAACUAAUAAGGAGAAGGCCAGUGAAAAUACACAAGUGGCAUCCAGAUCAGGUGGAGACACAUACCUUGAAGCCAAGAUACAUGUAAAUACAUAGUAUUGUCUGUUGCUCUACUAAAGUGAGGAUCAUGCUUUUUCACAUCUAUAGUAUUUUUAAGCUUUGUCCACAAAACAUACAAACCAUAAACUCAUUUUAACCUCUGGAGCCAGAGACAUUGCUCAGUGACUACUGAGGAACCAAGAAGCAGAUAUGUCCAAGCAGCCCAUACCGAGGAACGGAUUAAAAAAAAAAAACAAGGCAGCAAGCCUAAAAAGGAGACCAAGCAGGUCGAUGCUAAAGAAAUAUGGAAAUAUUCUGAUCUGAGUUGUUAAAUUAACAUUUGCAGAAGAUUGGACUAGGUGACCACCUGAGGUAAUUUCCAACCUGAAUUAUGCUAUGAUAAACAGGCGCUACUCAUUGUAGUCAACUGGUUUGCACUGAGUUAAAGCUAUCCAACCUAUAGUUAUGGAGACAGCUGGAAGCUCUCUGAUUAGAUAGAUGGGAAAAUAAUUGAGGAAAAAAUUCUUCCCGUGCUGUGGUCUGACAAUAGGGAUAUCGGACAGAGUAUCUGAAAGCAAGAGCAAAACCUUACACUGUAAGGUAGCAAGAGCUAUCAACAAGUAUGAGAUCAUAUCCUCAGCUGGCAGAAAUAAGAUGGGUGCACAGAAACCGGUGGUAAAACUUCAAGUUUGGACUUGAAUUCUUGGGUGCAGAAAUUUGAAAUUUGCUACUGUAACUGAAAACAGAGCUGAUACAACCAUGCGAUGCUGAGUAGUACAAAAUACAGUAAUUCCUCCUCAUCAACUUGAUUUAUAGCAAAACUGUGUUGUAUUAUUAGAGGACUUAAGUACUGCUUAAGCUUUGUAGUGUUUUUGCAUUUAGGUUCAAUGUCAUCCAAGUAGCCUUGAGUAAUUUUGCCCGUUUCCUGCAUUUGUUAUAAUUCCAACAUUUAAUUAACUAAGAUGCAUGUCAAGCUAUUGUAAGAAUACUCCGCUAAACUUGAACAUAGAAGGUUAUCUGAUUUAUGAUCUUAAGUAUACAACUUUUCAAGCACUGGUAUCUUAAAUGGAAUCACAAUUACCUUUAGAAUUUGUACUUGCAUUGUCACUUUUUGAUAGAGCGCUUGCAGUAUGUCAGAGACCUGCCGCUGCAGCUGUGCAUUUGUGCUGUGCAUCAGGUCCCAGUUUUUCCUGCAGAAGGGAGAAGUAUCAGUGGGGCCUGACUCUUUGGUUUACCUGUAAUUCAUGUGGCCAUGUGUAUCCACGAUCACAAGUAAAUACGUAAAGCAAGCAGAUCCAACUUUACAACCGUUUGUGUCUGUCUGGGUUACUGUGUCUUCCUCUAGUGAGUAAAGGAAGUGUCAAGUUUGGAGUCAAGCACUGUUUAUUGCUAACAGACUUUGGAUAAACUAAAGGAUUUAAACACUGAGAGUCACCAAACCGCACCCAUCCAUCAAACUGCAAAAAUGCACAUCCUCAAAACUCCCAACCAGCUGCUGCCUAUCCAUCUACUUACAUACCAUCCUGAGGUACAUGUUUUUCAAACUCUAAAGUUCCCUAUGUAACUAAAUAAACUUUAGAGUAAACCCAGAAAAAAAAAAAUCCAAGUUCCAAAGGGCUAAAUACCUAUGCCACAUGUAAGCCCAGAGGAUAUUAUGCUGUUAUUUUUUAAGAACUGCUCUAACAACGGUUCCCUUUGAAGGCAAAGGCACAAGGCUGGAUGCAGUUAUGCCUCCAUAGUUGAAAGAGCCAUUUUAUUUGUCACUUUGAGGGUUUGAUGCAAUCAAGGGGGGGCUAUGGCUCUUUAGGCCCAGCAGAGGGUAACAGAACAGGAAGAGCUUACAUACAUCUUACACAUCUGUAAAUAACAAGUAAGGUUCAUAUCUAAGAAGGAUCAAGCAUUUUGGUGUUCAUUGUAUACAGUGAUGCUUUUGAGUAUGCUCUCUACAAAGUUCUGCUACUGAGUUACAAAGGCAACGUUGGGGAAACAUGCAGGAGUCGUG